GAUGUAGAUGAUUUUGCGCUAUGUAUAUUCUUAAUACAUUUUUAAACCACAUUCCGCGAUAACCUAAACAAGUCAAUGCCCAAAUAGUGGUAAUUGUAUGUCCGAUAUUGUAUAUUGAUUUCACCACUUAACUUUCGUCGUAUUGUAGCUGACUAUAAUAUAUGCCUAUUUCGUUUCAGCGGGUGCAGCACGGAGCAUGGGCGGAGAUGGCAUGGAGUGAGAUGGCGUGGCUUUGGCUCGCCGCCCUACUCGCCGCGCUUGCUAACGCCGCCUCGCGCGCGCCCACGCAGGAGCCCGUACUAUUUGAAGCCGCUUUUCAAGGAAGGUGCGGUGAGGGUAGCCCGUGCGAGCAACUGUGCAGCGAGUUACACGACGGCACCUACGAAUGCGGGUGUGGUUCCGGCUAUGUGCUACACGUAGACGGCUACGGCUGUUUAGAAAUCAACUCCACAAAGGCCACUGAGGCGCCUGUGAAAGAAGAUGUCCUCUACCAAAAGGACGUCUCCUUCUCCGCGGAGCUAGAAGUUGCCCCGUCCACUAGAUUUAGUAAUAAUAUUAAACAUAUCGAUACUACACUUCAACCUAGUAAAGAGGAGAAGAGAGAGAACUAUUCAUUCACCGGAGAGAAAAGUAAAGAACUAGACGGCCUUAAGAGUUUGAUAGAAGAUGGCGUUAGCAAAGCAGACUUGAAUAUCAUAUCAGAUGGGGCAAGUGAUAUUGAUAAGAUGAAAAUUACUACUCUGGGGCCGAGCUUAGAACAGAAAGUGCCAGGUGGAACGUCAUCGCCAAAGCAAACUACAGCAGUGGAAGGUUGUAAAUGCGACCCUUGUACAGACCCUAGGUGUACUUGUAUGUUACGGAAAUGUAAAACUGAUCAAAAGAUAUCGAUACCACGUUUUUCCGGUUCAUCGUGGAUAGCAUUACACGCACUACGAGGGGCGUAUAAGCGUGUACGAUUACGUAUUCGUGUGAGACCGGAGCGGACCAGGGGAGUUCUACUAUUGACAGGGGAGCACGAUGACCUAUCUGGAGAUUAUUUGGCACUGAUUUUAAGGAAUGGCCAUGUGGAAUUGAGAUUCGACUGCGGCAGCGGAGCUGGUGUGCUUCGUUCUCCAGAACCGGUGCGUCUGGGAAGGUGGAAUACGGUAUCUGUGUACCGACAUCGUUGGGACGCUUGGCUUCGCUUGAAUACUGGGAAACGAGUGCGGGGUAGAUCUAAGGGCCUCUUCUCCAGGAUGACCUUUAGAGAGCCAGUAUGGGUGGGUGGUGCUGGCAAUACCACAGGACUGCAGAGCAAAUUGGGUCUAACUGAAGGUCUUCUUGGCUGUGUGGACUUCCUUAGAAUCAAUGGUGAUACAUACCGACUAGUGAAGGAUGCCGUAUCUACUCUUGAUAUCAGUGAAUGUGCCCCAACCCUCGCUCCUUGGCGACCAUUGAAUGAAGUCACGAGCGAAGUAAUCCCUCAUAGACACAAUGACUUAGAUCACGCAAUAUACGACAUUAAUGAUAUCGUACAUUUUGAGGACAACGAUAUUGUUAUGCGCGACUCGAAGGACCAAAACAAAAUGGACAACUUCGUAAUGAAAUAUGAUAUGAAGAAAAUGAAGUUCGAUAAUGAUAAACGGGACGUCAAGUUUGUUAAUGAUAUUGAUAAUGAUUUGAAAAGCGAAGUAAAGGAUUGCGAGUGUCAACAUGGAGGAGGCUGUGUGGGAACAGUGUGCUUGUGUCCGCUAGGCUACGCUGGAGACAAAUGCGAGAUAACGCUGGAUUUAAAGGUACCUCGAUUCAACGGGUCAUCGUACCUGCGGUUACCCGGGCUAGGCAAUUCGGCGCAGUCAUGGUUAGAUAUACAGAUAACAGUGAAACCAACGAGUGGUGACGGUCUUCUUCUAUACAAUGCUGAAGAUCCCAGUGGCGACGGUGACUUCUUUUCGCUUCACCUCAGGGACUACUUUGUGGAGUUUGCUUUCGAUUUGGGUUCCGGUAUCGCGCUUGUGAGAUCAGCAUACCCCUUAAAACAAAACGAAUGGCACCGAAUAUCAGUGAAUCGGUCGGGUCGUCGCGCCUCCUUGCGAGUUCGGUACGACACCGAUACGACACAUGACGCAUCUCGAUCCGUGACGUCACGGGGUAUUGCUAAAUACUUGGAGCUUCGACAGCCAAUGAUGCUAGGUGGAGCCCCACAACCGUUGCCAGCUAGAUUAGCGCUUAAGACUUCGUUUAGUGGCUGUGUUGGACAGUUAAUUAUCAAUGAUGAAGAGCUGUCAGUGGUGUCGUCAGCGCUGGGAGGCGUCAACGUGGAUAAUUGCGAUGAUCCAAGAAACGAUUCUUGCUAUAACAACAUUUGCAGAGAAAGACUUGAACCUGUAUCAUACCCAAAAAACCUAACAGAUAAAACCCAUCAUACUAUUGUAGCAAAAAAAGGUUUUAAAUUAAAAAACCACAAGUCGAAGCAAAAGAAGCGCGCACACAUAGAAAAGUAUAAGCGAAAAAGCUUUUUCAAAAAACGAUUCGAAAACGAAAUCAUGACAGAAGGACCUGUGUAUGACGGACAGACGUACAUACAAAUGAAGUAUUUGAGUAGUAACGAAAUUAACUGGGGCGACACGAAUAGUUAUCCAAGUUUUACAGGAACUGACAGCUUUAUUCACAUUGAUGAUGAGGAGACUAUGAAAAGAUUGCUAAGUUACACCCUGGACAUAAACAUCCGUUUCCGGUCAGUGUCACCUCACGGCCUUUUAGUAUGGAGUGGCCGCGCUCCUUUAUCUCCAAGAACAGACUUUCUUUCACUUGCCGUUGAGAACUCUGUACUUGUGUUUAGAUAUGAUCUAGGUAGCGGAGAGGUCGUUAUAAUAGCAAAUCAUACUAAAGUAGAUGACGGAUUAUGGCACAGAGCGAGAGCUACUAGAAAUCGACAAGCAGGUGUUCUAGAAGUGGAUGGGCUGGGUUCAGUCGGGAAAAUAUCUCCAGGAAAACUCAAACAACUUAACACUGAGAACGGAUUAUAUAUAGGUGGACUACCCUCAAUAGAAAUAAACACAAAUGGAAAAUACAAGAGCGGUCUGGUUGGGUGCGUCUCACAAAUAUCGCUAAGUGGAGAUUUUGACAUCCCCUUAACUUUAUCAAAACUACCCCACACUAUAACUAACAAUGUCGGUAGAUGUACACCAUAACAAAAGUAUUGUCAGAAACGAAAACCUUAAAUUUAUUUUAUUUUGCAUAUGGAGCCUACUCCUUACAUACAUAUCAGAGAACAUCGGCAAUAAUGUAUCAAUGUGGGUACUUUUAACUUCGAGUUAUCUAACAAAUUCGGUUAAGCUUUAAAUGAAGUUAAAAGUUUUAAAUGUAUUAACAUGAAUAGUCUAAUUGUCAGCAUAAAUCUGUUUUCACAGUUUUAAAAUAAUACGAUAAAAAGGGUAGUAAAAAAUGUCACUCCAUUAAAAGUAUGUUAUACUCAGAUAACUAUAAAACAAUAUGAUAGUAUAAAUCGAAUUAUUUCGAAAUGAAACCAAGAUUGAUGGAAUUUGGUAGUUGGCUCGAGAAAGUCUCAAUUUAUGGUUUGAAUCUGUAUCCACUUUAGUCAAUUUAGAAUGAGCUGUGUUUGUGGCAGACAAUCUUCUUAUAAGCUGUGAUUAAAACAAAUACUAUGGUAAUUUACCAAGAUCGAAAAAGAAGAAGAAGAAAUUCGAAAUUCGAAGUAACAAAAACAUUUAUAGUUUAAGGUCCAAAAGACUCUUUUAUACAGUGAUAACAAAAUUAAACAUAGUAAUUAGAAAAAGCAAAUGGGCAUUACAUUAAAAAUUUAAAGAUUUGAAAAUUGUAUUAAUUUAAUGAUAAUGUGGUAGUUUAAUGAUAACAUCUUGCAAGUGAAUUCAGACCGUAAUGUUAAUAAUUAUUUAAAGACUACAAGAUUUUCGAUAUUCGCUAUAGUAUUCCAUAUUUUGUAUUUGUUUUAAUGACAGUAAAACUUAACCUUCUUUCGUACAAUGUAAAACUUUUCGAAGUGCUUUACUAUCUAGUAAAUAUGAAAAAUACUAUUUGUAAUUAAAUAAAUUAUAGUCGUACAAGUGAUUUGCACGCAAUUUAGUUUCAAAACACGAUUUGUUAGUGCGAAUCCAGUGUUUUUCUCGCUCUAAUCCAUGCGUUUCACAUGGUAAGAGCGGGAUAGCAAUUUCGCACGCUUUACGACCCUACUUAAGAUCGGACUUAAGUUUAAACCUUGAGUUUUGGUGGAAUCUUAAGUCAUCUUAAGUUAUGUAUAAAUUAGUAUAUAACACGUAAUAGCGUUUGUAUCGAAUUUUGCAUAUGAACGUGAACUAGGAGUGAGUAGUAAAUAAAUAGUAUUUGGUAUUGAGCUUUUAUAUUUAAGCUUAUGUUUGCCGAGCUUCUGUUUCAUUUAGUAGUAUUAUUUGCCUACAACCUUUUAAAACAUCCAAUUUACUCACAGCUACGUUAUGCAUAGCUUCAUAGGCAAAUCCCAUUUGGGUUUACACCAAUAUGUUCGUCAAUUAACUUAUCCACAGGGUUAAAUAUUUAAAACAUAUCUUUCUUUGCAUAAAUCUUGCUCUAAAAUAAAUGAUAAAAAUGCAAAUCGACCAAAUUUUUUUAUUACCUACUUAAAUGUUUAUAAAAUAUGUUGAUUACACUUAACCAAAUAUGAAACUAGUCCACUUUGUUUAAUAUUAUAAACUAUAGAAAUAUGAUCUCAUACAAAUUGUAAUAUUAUUUAAUAGAUGUUUUGAGUGUUAUUAUAUUUUCACAGGUCUGUAGGGGUUAUUGAGAUUUUUACUUCCAUAAUGAAGUCACAUUUUUCUUUAAAAUUUGCAUACAUUACAUUGGUGGUUUUAUGUAUUUUUGCUUAAUUUUUUUAUCAGGCGUUAUGUUAGGAUAAAUCUCAAUAAUAUAAUACCUGCUUUUCAUUGCAUUUUGGUAAAUUUUAUAACCACAGCUUAUCAACUAUGCGAAAAAAAUGUGAUAUAUUUUAGUUUCCAAUCCCAUAAUACUAGAAUGUUCCUGGCGGUUAAAAAUAAUUUCUUAUAAAUAAGGUUUAAAUUUUCAUUUUUAAACUAUUACAUCGAAAUAAACCUAUAAAUGUAUCAGCACUUAAUAAAAAAAAUAUUUUCAAAAUAUAAAUAGCAUAACAUGCUUAAAUACUAUUAAAUUGUAUGGCAACAGUUGUAUGUUUAUACCUACUAUUCAAUUACACUUGCAGUUGCAGCCUUCAUGUGUAGUUGUCACUGUCACAAUCAUGUCAUUUGUCAGCAUAAAAGCAUAAAGCGUUUCGACUUUUCAAUCACAGGCCCAUACGAAAGAAUUGUACUGUGGCUAUUCAAAAAUAUAUCUAAAUUUUACAGUAAAUGUUUGGUCAUUUGGUGUGCACAUAACCCUCACUCUUAUUGUUCGAAAUGGGCAUUGCCUCUCCUUCGAUAAUGGCCAUAUGUAUCACAAAUUAUUAUACCACUAAGCAAUGUAAAGCAGGUUACCAGCGAAGUAGAAGUAACAAAUAGCUUCGUAGACUUAGUUUUGUAUGUGAACCUGUCCGAUGUAUUAUACGCCGUUAUUUGUACAAAAUUAUAACACU